CUCAUGCGACAUCUUGUUCUAAAUUUCUUUAAUUUUUCGGUCGAUCGAGGGACAAAGAUAAUUUUGACUUUAAAAUCGUAUAAUGCUUACAAAAAAGCCGAAGCCGGCUUACAAAAGAUUCCUUAGCUAUACUCUUGGGACUGUAUUUGUUGCUGAAACUAUUGGAAUUGCAAUAUCGUACGGUUUAUACUUCAAGUUAAAUACCGAUAGAGAUUUCCGUCUGUAUAUGCACAAAAAUUACAACUUCAUCUUGGAAGGAUAUUACGGUCUUGGGGAAUACAUUGGUGGUCACAAGACUCGUGAGUUAGAUCAAAAAGUGUGGUCAAGCGAAGGCAAGAUUUAA